UUUGGACUGGGCUAAGAAGUACGGGCCUGUGGUGCGGGUCAAUGUCUUCCACAAAACCUCGGUCAUCGUCACGAGCCCCGAGUCGGUCAAGAAAUUCCUGAUGUCCACCAAGUACAACAAGGACUCCAAGAUGUACCACGCCAUCCAGACUGUGUUUGGUGAGAGGCUGUUUGGCCAAGGCCUGGUGUCCGAGUGUGACCACGAGCGCUGGCACAAGCAGCGGAGAGUCAUGGACCUGGCCUUCAGCCGCAGCUCCUUGGUCAGCCUGAUGGAGACAUUCAACGAGAAAGCGGAGCAGCUGGUGGAGAUCCUGGAGGCCAAGGCGGACGGGCAGACCCCGGUGUCCAUGCAGGAGAUGCUGACCUGCACCACCAUGGACAUCCUGGCCAAGGCAGCCUUUGGCAUGGAGACUGGCAUGCUGCUGGGCGCCCAGAAGCCUCUGUCCGGGAAGGUGAAGCUGAUCCUGGAGGGCAUCACUGCCUCCCGCAACACCCUAGCGAAGUUCAUGCCCGGGAAGUGGAAGCAGCUCCGGGAGAUCCGGGAGAGCGUCCGCUUUCUGCGCCAGGUGGGCAAGGACUGGGUGCAGCGCCGCCGGGAGGCCCUGAAGCGGGGCGAGGCCGUCCCUGCGGACAUCCUCACGCAGAUCCUCAAAGCCGAAGAGGGCGCCCAGGACGACGAGGUUCUGCUGGACAACUUCGUCACCUUCUUCAUUGCCGGUCACGAGACGUCCGCCAAUCACUUGGCAUUCACGGUGAUGGAGCUGUCACGCCAGCCCGAGAUCUUGGCAAGGCUGCAGGCCGAGGUGGACGAGGUCAUCGGCUCUAAGCGGCACCUGGACUACGAGGACCUGGGGAGGCUGCAGUACCUGUCCCAGGUCCUCAAAGAGUCGCUGAGGCUGUACCCGCCUGCGUGGGGCACCUUUCGCCUGCUGGAGGAGGAGACCCUGAUUGACGGGGUCAGAGUCCCGGGCAACACCCCGCUCCUGUUCAGCACCUACGUCAUGGGCCGGAUGGACACGUACUUUGAGGACCCGCUGACCUUCAACCCAGAUCGCUUCGGCCCCAAAGCACCCAAGCCGCGGUUCACCUACUUCCCCUUCUCGCUGGGCCCGCGCUCCUGCAUCGGGCAGCAGUUUGCUCAGAUGGAGGUGAAGGUGGUGAUGGCCAAGCUGCUGCAGAGGCUGGAGUUCCGGCUGGUGCCCGGGCAGCGGUUCGGGGUGCAGGAACAGGCCACACUCAAGCCACUGGACCCCGUGCUCUGCACCCUGCAGCCCCGGGGCUGGCAGCCCGCGCCCCCGCCCCCGCCCUGCUGAGGCACCUGGGGCAGAAUCGGACUCCUUGGGCAGGGGCCGCACCCACCCUCCUCUGCAACCCACUGCCACCAGCCUGCUCCCUGUCCUCUUCCUCGGGGGGCCUCCACGCCAGCUCCCAGAGGGCCUUCUCCCAACCACCUCCUGCUUCACGCCCCUCAGAGCUCCCUGUCCGCUGCUAAUCCACUGCCCUUCCUGGACCAGCCCCUGCCUAACUCCCAGCUGCCUCCCAAAUGUGCCAUCGUCCCCCCAACCCCACCCCACUCUGCACAGGCCACUCCCUCUGCCAGACACCCUAACUCUUGCUUACUCCCUAAAACCCUCCUCAGGUGUCACCUCCUCCAGGAAGCCCUCCCUGCCACCCCCGGCCGGGCCAGGGGCCCCUCCUCUGUGCUUCCUUGGUCACCUGUGCUACCUCUAACACCACACUGACCACUGUUUCGUGAGCGCCCUUCGAAGUGACCGACCACCCUUUCAGGCUGUGAGCGCCUCAAGCGCGGGGUCUGUGUGUGAUUCGUCUCUGAGGCCCCCAUGCCCACCGAGGGCCUGGCACAGAGUCGACGCUCAAUAAAUAUGUGUUGACUGCA